UCAGAUCUAUAUUAUAUUUUCUCUAUGCCUCUUGAUAACAGACGCUGGCAAUAUCAUUCAAUUUAUCUGAAUUUAUCAGAGAGUUUACAUAUUUUUUCAAUUGUGUCAAACGUUUAUCUCACUGAUUAUAUUUUCCAGAUAUCUUCAUCGAUAUAAUGAACGUCAUUAUUGCUUCUAAAUAUUUUUAUUUCGAUAUAUUAAAUGAUUACAUUUUAUAGCAGUUGUCUCAUAUAGCUAUCUUGUCAUUUUAAAUAUAUUCAUAUAUAAUUAAUUUUCUCUUUUUUCUUCUUUUAUUUUAUUUUAUUAAUCCUUUUUUUCUUUUUUUUUCUUGUUCUUUUUUCUCUAUAAUUUCAUUCUACGAUCAUAUUCCUUCAGUAUACAUUGAUAUGUUCUUUUUAAACUAACGUAACCUUUUUAAAAUGAAGAGGAAUAAAUCAGAAAGUAAGCACACAGGACAGUAUCUUUACAAAGAGAUGGGAAUAAAGGAUCCAGAAACACGUUUGAAAGAACUCUCUGAGAAAGCUUCUAAAGUGACAAUAAAUCAUAACAUUCCGCCUCAUAGAUAUUAUCGUUCUGGAAUACAAAUGAUCAGACAAGCUGAUGUAUAUGUCAAGGAGAAGAACUACGAAGAAGCAUAUUGUUUAUUUCUGAAGUUUAUAACACUUUUUGUAGAAAAAAUGCAGCAUCAUCAAAUGUAUCAUGUGGUAACGGCAAAAGAUAAAGCAAUAAAUAAGCAAAAAUUGCGAGAAGUUAUUCCAAAAGCAGAGGAAUUAAAGAAACAAUUAUUGAAACAGUAUCAAAAUCAAUUGGAUAAAGAUUUGGAAGAUACGAAAAAAGCUGAAAAAGCAAAUGCAGAAAGAUUAAAACAGGAAGAAGAACAGAGAUUAAAAGAAGAAGAGGAAAGAAAAAAUAAAUUGGCAGCAUUAGAGGCUGUAAAAGCUGCUAAGAUUGCUGCAAGUACAUUCUUUGUGACAACUGAUGAUACAAGAUCUAUAAAGUUGCCUAUACCAAACCUUAAGCCACCAACAAGUUUACCUGUAGCUAGUAGAGCUCAAUCUUUAAAGGAUAACAGUAUACCUACGGUGGAUCGUUCAACAAAGCCUACCAUACUUUUGAAUGAUAGUGGCCAAUUACGUGAUAUUGUUUUGCCUAGCAAACUGAUAGAAAAUUUCCUUGCUCUAGCAUUUAGUAACACGGCAAAUAAUAAAGAAACAUGUGGCAUACUAACAGGAAAAUUGGAACAAAAUAAAUUGUUGAUCACUCAUUUAUUAAUUCCGCAACAAACAGGUUCUCCUGAUUCUUGUUUAACACUCAAUGAAGAGGAUAUUUUUGAUUUUCAAGAUCAUCAUAAUUUAAUUACUCUUGGAUGGAUACAUACGCAUCCUACCCAAACCGCUUUUCUAUCUAGUGUGGAUCUUCACACUCAUUGUUCUUAUCAACUCAUGAUGGCAGAGGCAAUUGCUAUUGUUUGUGCACCCAAAUAUGAUGAGACAGCUUUUUUUAUUUUGACUCCAGAAUAUGGUUUAGAUUAUAUAGCUAAUUGUAGAGAGACUGGUUUUCAUCCUCAUCCAACAGAGCCUCCGCUUUAUAUGAAAGCAAAACAUUGUAAGCUAAAUCCAAAUGCACCCGUGGAAGUAAUAGAUUUAAGAAGAAAAUGACAUCUUUGAAUUGUUUAGAAUCAAAUUUAACGUAUACAAAUACGUUUCGAUAAAUUA